AUGUUUGUGCAAAAGAAAAAAUUGGUCGAACAUGUUUUGGCAAUGCGUGCAAAUGCUGGCAGUGCCAGUGAGGACGAAGAAGAGGAGGAGGACGAAGGAGACAUUUUACAGCGCCGGCGCGAAGAAUGCGAACGCAAGGCUCGCCGCGGGGAAAUGGAUCCCCGGUUGGAGUUUACCUUCCAACUGCUGAUCGAUGCGACGCAGCUGCCGCGGCAUCAGCUCAUGGAUUAUAUAUUCGAAGGGGAUAUGCUCGAUGAGAUCAAUCAGCUAUUUUUGCCGAAUAUGAAGAACAAGUUACUCUGGUUCUAUCAAGAAGUGGAUGAGCCGGAGCCGCCGCCCGUAGUGGAUGCCAAUAAGCCGGGACCGUCACGAACGGGCAUGGCAUCGAGUAGCUCAAAGACGCCACAGGGCGGCGCCUCGCCCAGCGGGCUGCCUCCGCCCAAGCAGAAGAAACUAUUUCUAACUGAUGGCUGGACCUGCGCCUUCACUGGCGUCUGUAUUUAUAUCUUUCGCGUGAAUACGUCUAAGCAGCUGCCAGAGGAGGGCUUUCAAAAGGAUUUAUACUGUGGCGUCAUCGAUGCCAAGAAUAUUGGCCUGGUCACCUCCAUCGAGCGCAUUGUCGAGUUUGUGUUUAUGCAGGCGUUGGCCUUCCCCAGCCUCGAGGGCGAUGAGGAGGAUGUGAGCUGCGGACUUAUUAUGGGUCAGCUGCUGCCGGGCUUGCGAUCCUUCUGCAGCGCGUUGCGUGUUUGCGAACAGGUCUGCGAUCAUUAUAACGUAUUUGCCGAUGGGUGCGACAUGUUCGAUGGCUGCGUUGUGGUCGAUGAGGUGAAGGACAUGGCAAAGAAUCAGGAGUUUUGCGCACAGCUGGAGGAACGUGUGAAUAACUGGUCAAAGGGCAUACUCAAAAUUCUGGGCGAGAGCGAGCAGCUGCGCAAGGAGAACGAUCACAGUGGACCCCAGGACGAGCUGGAGUAUUGGAAGAAGCGAGGCGCCCAAUUCUCCCAGCUGUUGGCCCACCUGCAGGACAAGGAAGUGCAGUUCACCCUGCACUGCCUCUUCCUCGCCGGCUCGAGGAUAAUGCGCCAGUGGAAGGAAACCGAUCGCAAAAUAACCUUCUGCUACAACGAGGCGCGGGACAAUUCCAAGUUCAUUCAGGCAAUGGAAACGUGUUGCCAUUCGCUAUAUCUGGACGACCCGGUCAGCAUGAAGGAGUCUAUAUUGAGUCUCUUGCAGACGGUGCGAUUGAUCUACAGUGUCUCCCAAUUUUAUAACACCUCCGAACGGACUUCGGCGCUGAUGGUUAAGAUAACAAAUCAAAUGAUUGAGACAUGCAAGUCCUACAUCACUUGUCGUUGCAAGGAAACCAUUUGGUCUCAAGAUCGAACUCUUAUACGCACCAAGUUGAGCAACUGCAUCAAACUGAAUCACAUUUACCAUGAGACCUAUUACACAGUCAGGGAGCAGCCAUUUUUGCCGCAUCAAACUCCAUUUGGAUUCUCCGAAAACUUUGUAUUUGGCAAAUUCGACACGUUUUGCGAGCGUCUGUCGAAAAUUAUAAAUAUGUUUAACCUGAUUGACGAUUACAAUCAUUUGUUUGAGCGGCGCUUGGAGGGUCUGCUGCUAGGCGAGGCCUUGGAGGAUGCCUCCAACCACUUCGAGGAGGCCAAAAAGGAAAUCACAUCCAAGAAGUACGAUUACCUGGACCAUCGCAAUGCUGAUUUCAAUGACGACUUCGAUCGAUUCAUGAGCAAAACGGACUCGCUUAAGGACACGAUUGCCACGCUCAUCGAGCGAGACUUUGACACGGUGUGGGAGACGCCUCAGUGCAUUCGCUUUCUGGUGCGCUUCGAGAAGGUCAGCGAGAAGAUACCGCUGACCCGCAUGGACGAGAAGUACACUCGCAUACUGCGCUAUGUAGAGAAAGAGGUGGAUCGCAUACUGAAGACCUUUCGUCGUCAGCGCGAUGAUCCGCCUCUGGCUCGCAACUUUCCGCCCAUCGCUGGGCGAAUCCACUGGUGUCGCGCCUUGCGCUUGCAUCUGUCGGAGCUGAUGGAUGCCGUGAUGGAUCACGGCGUGCUCAGCACCCUGCCCCUAGCCAGAGAUCUGGAUGUGCGCUUCAACAAUGUGAUGGGCGUCUUGCAGGAGUACGAGGAUGAGAUAGUCUCCAUUUGGCUGGAUCAGGACAUAAGCGUGGCCGAUGCCUGCCUGCUGCAGCCGUUGCUCUGUCUACAGGGCGAUCGAUUGUUUGUCAACUUGCAUCCCACAAUACCUCUGCUGAUUCGCGAGGCCAAGAUGCUGGCCAAGCUGAAAAUCGAGCUGCCCAUUGUGGCUGCCACGCUGAUGAGUCGCCAUCAGUAUUUCAUCACCAUACAGGACUCGCUGAAUAGCCUUAUCAAAAUGUUUUUGUCCACGGUCAAGGCUGUCAAGCUGGAGGUGCGUCCCUUGUUUCUGCCCCAGCUGGUGCGUCUGACGGCCAUGCUGAAGCCAGGUCUGCACACCAUCAAUUGGACCAACCAGAACUGGACUCAAUUCUAUGAGCGCUGCAAGCAGGCCAUUGAGACCUUCGAGGUGUUGGUGGCGCGCGUGCACGACAUCUACUCGAACCGCAUACUCAAUGUGCUCAUGUGGAUGCAGGAGGUGUCGCUGCAGAUAUUGCCAGCAGACGAUGAAAUCUGGACAGUUGAUGAAUUUCUGGAACGCAGUGAGGAGGCGUGCAGAAAAGCUGCCAUCGAGCUCAAUAGGAAAAGUCAGAUGGUCUCGGAGGCAGUGGAAGAAGUGCUUAGCUUAGUGGACAAGGCAACGGAGACGUUUAAGGAGAUUGCUGGCGAUGAUGUGGUUACCCUGUUCGACGGCAAGUCCCACAAUUGCUAUGCAGCUCAACUCGAUUCAAUGUAUGCAAAUCUCUCUUCAAUAGCCACGCCCAAGGGCGACCAGUCCGCAUCGGGUGGACGUAAGGCGGAGGAAGGCGGUGCGGCUGGAGCUUCAGCGGCGAAUGCAUCGGGUGGAGCUACAUCGGGUGGAGGGGCUGGCGGUCAACAGCAGGACUGGAGCAUUUUGUGGUCCUGUUUUGAGAAUCCGCUGACGCUGCUCUCCACCACAGACAGUCUGCCCAAGGGCAUGCAGGACAUGGUCUGCAAUGCUGUCGUGGAGAUGCGUCGCUAUUACAGCCGCAAGGUCAUCGAUGUGCUGAUCAAGGUGAUUCGCGCGGCCCUGGACACACUGCGGCGUCGGUUCAUCGCCGAUGAGAACGAGACGGCAUUAAAGAAGCCGAUAUUUGCAUUGCACGCGCAGCUGCAGAUACCCAAUGUGGUGAUCAAGCCGAGUCUGGACGAGCUGCAGGACAUUUUGGUGACGGCUGGCAAGAAUAUCACGGGCAUUGCGAAGGGUGUGGCGCAGUGGACCAGCGGCAAGGAUCCGCCGCAAGUUUCGAUGACGGUGCAGCCGCGCGUCGGACGCAAUCACACGGAUGCCGCUGGUGGCUCCAAGAAUCGACGCCGCAAGAUCUACUGCCUGGCCUCCGAGGAGCGACCCCAGAUGCCGUACAUGCUCAAGAGCUUCUACUCGGCCAUCAUGGACAACAAAGAGGUGGCUAAGGCCCUCAAUCAGCUAUCCAGCUGCACCAAGAACAUCAAGCCCGAGAUUCAAACCUACAUCAAACGCUGGAAGCCGUAUCACUUCCUAUGGAAGAACGAUCGCACCACUCGCCAGCUGAUGGAGUUUGGGCUGCAACAGUUCGAGUCCACAUUGCGCUGCCUGGCGGAACUGGAUGCGAACCUUCUAAUUGAGCCGGACAUGGAGGUCUUCGGGCAGUGCGUAGCGGUCUAUAAUGAGAGGCUCAAGUAUGGUUUGGCCAUUGAGAUUAAGUCCUGCAACCAUAAAAUUGGGCAAGCCAUGAAGAAGAAAUAUAAGAAGGAAAUGGACUAUGUGUAUGCGGUGAUCAAUGAGAUGGAUCGUAAACUGGACCGACCCAUACGUGACCUGGACGAUGUGCGCAUGAUAAUGGAGACACUGAGUAAGAUUCGCGAGCAGGAGGUGGACAUGGAGCUGCGCAUAGAUCCCAUUGAGGAAGCCUUCAAUGUGCUCACUCGUUACGAGGUGCAGGUGGAGCGGGAACAAUUCGAUUUGGUGGACAAUUUGCGGACAACAUUUCAGAAUUUACUCUCUGCAGCGCUGCAGGCGCAGGUGAAACUGUUGGAAAUGCAGCCGGCGUUCCAGGGUGACUUGCGCAGCAAUCUAGACAACUUUAAGCAGGAUAAGAUUGCCUAUGUGACGGAAUAUCGCACAGCGGGACCCAUGCAGGCGGGUCUAACGCCGCGCGAGGCUUCCGACCGUCUGAUACUGUUCCAGAAUCGUUUCGAGGGCAUGUGGCGCCGCCUGCAGACGUACCAAAGCGGCGAGGAACUCUUCGGUCUGCCACAAACCGAUUAUCCAGAGCUGGGCCAGAUACGCAAGGAGCUCAAUUUGCUGCAGAAACUCUACAAGCUAUACAAUGAUGUGAUUGAUAGGGUUAGCAGCUACUACGAUAUACCGUGGAACGAGGUCGACAUUGAAGAGAUUAACAAUGAGCUAAUGGAGUUCCAGAACCGUUGUCGCAAGCUACCCAAGGGCUUGAAGGAAUGGCCCGCCUUCCAUGCUCUGAAGAAGACCAUCGACGAUUUCAAUGACAUGUGCCCACUAUUGGAGUUGAUGGCGAAUAAAGCCAUGAAGCCACGCCAUUGGCAACGGAUCAUGGAUGUUACUCGCUACAUCUUCGAGUUCGACUCGGAGGGUUUCUCGCUCAAGAACAUACUGGAGGCGCCGCUGCUCAAGCACAAGGAGGACAUCGAGGAUAUUUGCAUCAGCGCCAUGAAGGAGAAGGACAUUGAGGCCAAGCUCAAGCAGGUGACCAACGAGUGGUCUGUGCACGAGCUCCAAUUCAUGAGCUUCAACAAUCGCGGCGAGCUGCUACUGCGCGGCGACACAACAGCCGAGACCAUUGGCCAGUUGGAGGAUAGUCUAAUGGUGCUCGGCUCUUUGCUAUCGAAUCGCUAUAAUGCGCCCUUUCGCAAACAAAUCCAGCAAUGGGUCUACGAUCUGUCCAAUUCCAACGAAAUACUGGAACGCUGGCUGCUUGUACAGAACAUGUGGGUCUACCUCGAGGCUGUCUUCGUGGGCGGCGACAUAGCCAAGCAGCUGCCCAAGGAGGCGAAGCGCUUCUCCAAAAUCGACAAGUCCUGGCAGAAGAUAAUGCAGCGCGCUCACGAGACUCCAGGCGUGGUGGCCUGCUGCGUGGGCGAUGACCUGCUCAAGCAGCUGUUGCCACAUCUUCAGGAGCAGCUAGAAAUAUGUCAGAAAUCCCUGAGCGGUUAUUUAGAGCGCAAGCGGAUUAUGUUUCCGCGCUUCUUCUUCGUCUCGGAUCCAGCUCUGCUCGAGAUACUUGGCCAGGGCUCCGAUUCACAUACCAUUCAGAAUCACUUGCUAAACAUCUUCGAUAACACCAAAUGCGUCAAAUUCCAUGACGUGGAGUACAACAAGAUGAUGGCGAUCAUUAGCAGCGAGGGCGAGAUGAUUCAGCUGGAUCGUGCCAUACGGGCCGAGGGCUCGGUCGAGACAUGGCUAACUCAAUUGCUGGUCACAGCACAGCAGUCACUGCAUUCCAUCAUACGCACAGCCUAUGCGACAAUAAACGACCCGAAUUUCACGUUGUUGAGCUUCUUAGAGAAGGUGCCGGCACAGAUUGGUUUAUUGGGCAUACAAAUGAUUUGGACGCGCGAUGCAGAAAUGGCUCUGAUGCAGGCCAGGCAUGAGAGGAAGGUCAUGUCCGAGACGAACAACAAAUUCCUUGAGAUGCUCAACACACUCAUCGAUCAGACGACUCGCAAUCUGUCCAAGCGCGAGAGAACCAAUUUCGAAACCCUGAUUACCAUCCACGUGCAUCAGCGGGAUAUUUUUGAUAUACUGUGUCGCAUGAACAUCAAAUCCUCAAAUGACUUCGAGUGGCUAAAGCAAUGUCGUUUUUACUUUAAAGAGGACUUGGACAAGACCUGGAUAUCUGUCACAGACGUCACAUUCACCUACCAGAACGAAUACCUGGGCUGCACAGAUCGGCUGGUGAUAACGCCCCUGACGGAUCGUUGCUACAUUACCUUAGCCCAGGCGCUGACACUCAGCAUGGGCGGCGCGCCGUGUGGCCCGGCGGGCACGGGCAAAACGGAAACUGUGAAGGAUAUGGGCAAGACGCUGGCCAAGUAUGUUGUCGUUUUUAAUUGUUCCGAUCAAAUGGAUUACAGGGGCCUGGGACGUAUCUACAAGGGUCUGGCGCAGUCCGGCAGCUGGGGCUGUUUCGACGAAUUCAAUCGCAUCGAGCUGCCCGUGCUGUCCGUGGCGGCCCAACAGGUGGCCGUUGUCCUCACCGCCAAGAAGGAGAAAAAGAAGACUUUCCUCUUCACAGACGGCGACACCAUCGAAAUGAAUCCCGAGUUUGGCAUCUUCAUAACCAUGAAUCCUGGAUAUGCUGGUCGCAAGGAGCUGCCGGAGAACUUGAAAAUUCAAUUUCGCACGGUGGCCAUGAUGGUGCCUGACAGACAGAUAAUCAUAAGAGUGAAAUUGGCUAGUUGUGGAUUUUUGGAGAACAUCACACUGGCCCGCAAGUUCUAUACCCUGUACAAGCUGUGCGAGGAGCAGCUGACCAAACAAGUUCACUAUGAUUUCGGUCUGAGGAAUAUAUUGUCCGUGUUGCGCACAUUGGGCGCAGCCAAGCGCCGGAACUCUAAGGAUAGCGAGAGUACGAUUGUGAUGCGGGUCCUGCGCGACAUGAAUCUCUCCAAGCUGAUUGACGACGAUGAACCGCUCUUCAUAUCGCUGGUGUCGGACUUGUUUCCCAAUCAGACUCUCGAAAAGACCAACUACCCUGAAUUGGAAGCCGCCAUACUACAGCAAACGGAAGAGGCUAGUCUGGUCUACCAUCCUCCAUGGGUUCUAAAGCUAAUACAGCUUUACGAGACGCAGAAUGUGCGACACGGCAUCAUGACCCUAGGUCCGAGUGGGGCUGGCAAAAGUACCUGCAUCCAUACGCUAAUGAAAGCCAUGACCCAGAUGGGCGAUUAUCAUCGAGAGAUGCGCAUGAAUCCGAAGGCUAUAACAGCGGCUCAGAUGUUUGGACGUCUCGAUGUGGCCACGAAUGACUGGACCGAUGGCAUCUUCUCGGCGCUGUGGCGCAAAACUCUCAAGCUGAAAGCAGGGGAGCAUGUCUGGCUGGUGCUCGAUGGUCCCGUGGACAGUAUUUGGAUAGAAAAUUUGAACUCUGUGCUGGACGACAACAAGACCCUGACACUGGCCAAUGGCGAUCGACUGACCAUGGCGCCCACGGUUAAGAUCAUUUUUGAGCCACACAACAUUGAUAAUGCAUCGCCGGCAACGGUUUCCCGCAACGGCAUGGUGUACAUGAGCUCCUCCGGCUUAGACUCACGGCCUAUUGUGCAGGCCUGGCUGAAAAAUCGGGCUCCAGGCGAGAAGGCGGUUUUCUCUCAGCUCUUCGACCAGAACUUUGUCGAGGUCUACAACUGGGGUGCACAGAAUGUGAAGCUACAAAUGCCUGUGCUGCAGUGCAACAUAGUGCAGCAGAUGCUGUUUAUAUUGGAGGGACUGAUCCCUACGAAAAAAGAGGAUGAGCAGGCUUUGAGCUUGUCCAGCAAGGAGAGUCAAGACGCGGCCAAGCGUUUUGAACAACAAAAACAUAACGAAGAAGUGCGACGGCAAUCAAUUGGCAGUCAGAUUGUCGAAAUUCCAGAGGAGAGCGCCGUGGAGGAGAAGGAGGACACCUGUACGCCGGAGCAUUUGCACCGCUUGUAUGUAUUCGCGCUGGCCUGGGGCCUGGGGGGUUAUCUCUCGACCACUGAUCGUGUUAAAAUGAAUCUGUUCGUUAAGGAAACUUUUCCGCAGUUGGACUACCCGAAGGGUAGUGCCCAUGAGAAUACAAUAUUUGACUUUUUCGUUUCUCCAACGGGCGUGUGGCAGUCGUGGAAGACGCUGGUCACACCCUACAUGUAUCCGGAGCUUUCCACACCGGACUAUUUAAGUAUUCUGGUGCCCAUUGUGGAUAAUGUGCGUAUCGACUAUCUGAUCGGCACCAUUGCCAAUCAGGAGCGCGCCGUGAUGGUCAUCGGCGAACAGGGCACUGGCAAAACCGUCAUCAUGAAGAAUUUCAUGAAGAAAAUGAACAUCGAGACCUAUAUGGGAAGGUCAUUCAAUUUCUCAUCGGCCACCAGUCCGUAUCAAUUUCAGCGCACAAUCGAAAGCUAUGUGGAGAAGCGAGUUGGUGUUACGUUCGGACCACCCGGUGGUCGUAAGUUGAUCGUCUUCAUUGAUGACAUUAAUUUGCCCGAGAUCAAUGAGUGGGGCGAUCAGAUAACCAACGAGAUUGUGCGACAGUCAAUGGACAUGAAGGGCUUCUAUAGCCUGGAGAAACCGGGCGAUUUCACCACUAUUGUGGAUGUACAAUAUGUGGCGGCCAUGGGUCUUCCCGGCGGUGGACGCAAUGACAUACCAUCCCGUUUGAAGCGUCAAUUCUGUGUGUUUAAUUGCAAUAUACCCGACAACGAUUCCAUUGAUAAGAUCUUCCGCGUUAUCGGUGAGGGUCACUACAAUGCCAAGCGCGGUUUUGUGCCCGAGGUUCGCAAUCUGGUCAAGAAAUUGAUACUGGUGACACGGCAUCUAUGGCAGCGCACACGAGAAAAGCUAUUGCCUACGCCAGCGAAAUUCCACUACGUUUUCAGUUUGCGCGAUCUAUCUCGCAUCUGGCAGGGCAUGGUUGGCACCUUAUCCACAGUGAUCACCGCGGAGAGCGUGCUCAUGUCAUUGUGGAAGCAUGAGUGUACGCGUGUGUUUGCCGAUCGUUUUACCACAUUCCAGGACAAGGAGUGGUUCGGCUCAGAGUUGGCAGCGCUAGUGCGCGAGGAGCUGGGUGAGUCCCAUUCCCAAAUGAUAAUACCGAAUCCGGUAUUUGUGGACUUCAUGCGGGAUGCCCCCGAGCCGACUGGCGAGGAGGGCGAGGACACUGAUAUGGAAUUACCCAAGGUCUAUGAACCGGUGAACUCUCAUAACUCGUAUGAAGCGCUACGCGAGCGUCUCGUUAUGUUUCUCGCCCAAUUCAAUGAGAUGGUGCGAGGCUCCGGAAUGGAUUUGGUUUUCUUCCCAGAUGCAAUGCUGCAUUUGGUGAAGAUCUCCCGCAUCAUUCGGCAUCCGAGAGGCAACGUUAUGCUAGUCGGGGUCGGAGGUUCUGGAAAACAGUCGCUGACGAAAUUGGCAUCCUUCAUUGCCGGCUACAAGACAUUCCAAAUUGCGUUGACGCGUUCGUACAAUGUGGCCAACUUUUUAGAGGACCUAAAGCUGCUCUAUCGCACCUGCGGCGUUCAGGGCAAGGGCACAACCUUUCUCUUCACCGAUAUGGAUAUCAAAGAGGAAGGUUUCCUCGAGUAUCUCAAUAACAUACUCUCGAGCGGCGUCAUAUCCAAUCUCUUCUCGCGCGAUGAGCAGGCCGAAAUCGUGCAGGAAUUGACGCCGGUCAUGAAACGCGAGAAUCAACGCAAAACAGCGACCCCGGAAAGUGUGAUGGAUUUCUUUUUGGCGCGCACCUGCACAAAUUUGCACGUAGCUUUUUGUUUCUCACCUGUGGGAGAGACAUUUAGAUCGCGGGUGCAGCGCUUUCCCGCCUUGGUCUCCGGCUGCACCAUCGAUUGGCUGCAUCCGUGGCCCAAGGACGCAUUGGUCUCGGUUGCCAGACACUUUCUCAGCCACUUCGAGAUUGAGUGUACACCGGCCGUUAAGGAAGAGCUGGUUAAUGCGCUCGGCUCCAUUCAGGACAUUGUUGCGGAAACAUCGCACGAAUAUUUCCAGCGUUUCCGUCGCGCCACUCACGUGACACCCAAGUCUUAUCUGAACUUCAUUGCCGGCUAUAAAAACAUUUACCAGCUCAAGCAGCAAGAGCUGCGCGAUGGUGUGGAGAAGAUGGAUACGGGUUUGGAGAAACUGAAAGAGGCCUCCGCCUCGGUUGAGAUUCUAAAAAAAGAUCUGGUCGUGAUGGAGGAAGAGCUAGUCGAAGCCUCCAAGAACGCUGAAUCUGUGUUAGUCGAGGUCACUGAGCGUGCCAUGCAAGCGGAGAUAGUCAAGAAUCAGGUGCUCAUCGUCAAGGACAAGGCGGAGGCUCUCGUUGCCUGCAUUGCCAACGAGAAGGCCUUGGCCGAGGAGAAGCUUGAGGCAGCGAAGCCUGCCUUAGAGGAGGCUGAGAAUGCGCUGAAUACCAUCAAGCCAGCUCACAUAGCCACGGUCCGUAAGUUAGGUCGUCCGCCGCAUCUUAUAAUGCGUAUCAUGGACUGCGUGCUCAUCCUGUUUAAACGAAAGCUGCAUCCCUGUAUACCCGACUCGGGCACACCGUGUCCGAAACCCUCCUGGCAGGAGUCCCUAAAGAUGAUGGCCAGUGCCACGUUUCUGCUGCAACUGCAAAACUACCCAAAGGAUACCAUUAACGAUGAAAUGAUAGAUCUGCUGCAGCCCUACUUCCGCAUGGAGGACUACAACAUGGACAUGGCUCGCCGUGUGUGCGGAGACGUUGCGGGUCUGCUCUCCUGGACCAAGGCAAUGGGCUUCUUCCACAGCGUCAACAAGGAAGUGCUGCCCCUAAAGGCGAAUCUCACGCUGCAGGAGGCGCGCCUUAAGCUUGCCAUGGACGAUCUGGCUGGAGCCGAGGAGCAGCUGCGUGAGCGCGAGGAGGCGCUACAGGCGGUCAAAGAUCAGUACGACAAAGCCGUAGGCGAAAAGCAACGCCUCAUGGAUGCAGCCAAUGUCUGUCUGCGCAAGAUGACGGCAGCUACGGCGCUCAUCAAUGGCCUGUCGGAUGAGAAGCAUCGCUGGACCAACCAGAGCAAAGAAUUCAAAAUACAGCUGGGCAAGCUGGUGGGCGACGUGCUCUUAGCCACCGGAUUUCUAUCCUAUUGCGGGCCGUACAAUCAAGAAUUUCGGGCAAAUCUGAUCAGGACAUGGAUGGGCAUACUCAAGCAGAAAAGCAUUCCGUUUACCACAGGUCUCAACAUCAUCAAUAUGCUGGUGGACUCCUCGACAGUGUCCGAGUGGACACUCCAAGGUCUGCCCAAUGAUGAUUUAUCAGUGCAGAAUGCGCUCAUCGCGACCAAGUCGAGCAGCUAUCCGCUGUUGGUGGAUCCUCAGACUCAAGGCAAGAUCUGGAUCAAGUGCAAGGAGGAUCGCAAUGAGCUCCAGAUAACCUCGCUAAAUCACAAAUACUUUCGCACGCAUCUGGAGGACUCGCUAUCCCUGGGCAGACCGUUGCUUAUAGAGGAUGUGGGCAUCGAUCUGGAUCCGGUCAUCGACAAUGUGCUGGAGAAGAACUUCAUCAAGUCUGGCAGCAUUGAAAAGGUGUUGGUGGGCGAUAAGGAGUGCGAUGUGAUGCCUGGCUUCAUGCUCUAUAUAACCACCAAGCUGCCCAAUCCGGCUUUCAGUCCAGAGGUCAGCGCCAAGACAUCAAUCAUCGAUUUUACAGUCACCAUGCGUGGCCUGGAAGACCAGCUGCUGGGACGCGUCAUCCUAAUGGAGAAAUCCGACUUGGAAGCCGAGCGCGUGGCUCUCUUUGAGACGGUCAUGCAAAAUCAGCGCAACAUGAAGGAGCUCGAAGCGAACCUCUUGUUACGCCUCAGCUCCUCGCAAGGCUCCUUAGUAGACGAUGAGGCGCUCAUCGAGGUGCUGCGCGUGACCAAAACCACGGCAGAGGAGGUCAACCAGAAGCUGAAGAUCUCCGAGGUAACCGAACGCAAGAUAAUGAAGGCACGAGAGGAGUUCCGAGCGGUGGCCAAGCGAGGCUCCAUUCUGUACUUCCUCAUUGUGGAGAUGAGUAAUGUGAAUGCCAUGUACCAGAACUCCCUCAAGCAGUUCCUCGUCAUUUUCAACAACUCCAUCACCAAGUCAACCAAGUCCAGCGUCACUGAGGAGCGGAUUAACAUUAUCCUGCGCUACCUCACCUACGAGGUCUACAAGUUCACCAAUCGCAGUCUGUACGAGCGCCACAAGCAGCUCUUCACCCUGAUGCUGGCCAUCAAGAUUGACUACCACAAUGGGAAUAUCAGCCAUGAAGAGUUCUUAACGUUCAUUAAAGGCGGUGCUUCGCUUGAUUUGAACGCCGUGACGCCCAAGCCGUUCCGCUGGAUAUUGGACAUUACCUGGCUGAAUCUGGUGGAGAUUAGCAAGCUGGAGACAUUCUCGACAGUGCUGCAGAUCAUCGAGCUAAACGAGCGCGACUGGCGCAGUUGGUAUGAGUGUGAGAAGCCGGAGAACGAGGAAAUACCCUGCGGCUAUAACUCCGUGCUGGAUAGCUUCCGCAAGCUGCUGCUAAUACGCUCCUGGUGCCCGGAUCGAACAAUAUCUCAAGCUAAGAAGUAUAUAGAGGAAUCUUUGGGGCCUGAGUACAGUGAGAUGCAGAUCUUGGAUCUGGAGGCAACCUGGGCUGAAUCGGAGCCACGUACUCCCUUCGUUUGCCUGCUAUCCAUUGGCUCCGAUCCGACAACCCAAAUCGGUGCAUUGGCCAAGCAGAAGGGCAUCACUCUCAAGUGCGUUUCCAUGGGUCAGGGCCAGGAGUAUCAUGCACGCAAAAUGAUCAUGGAGUCGAUGGCCCAUGGCGGCUGGGUGUUGCUGCAAAAUGUGCAUCUAUCGCUGCCCUUCUGUUCGGAGGUCAUCGACAUGCUGGUGGAGACGGAGCACAUUGAUGACACCUUCCGCAUGUGGGUCACGACAGAGCCGCACUCUGAAUUUCCCAUUGGCCUUCUCCAGAUGGCGCUCAAGUUUACCAAUGAGCCCCCACAGGGCAUUCGAGCCAGUCUGAAGCGCAGCUAUCAGUCGUUUACCCAGGACUUUUUGGACUACACCUCAGCCACCCAGUGGCCCUCUCUGCUCUAUACCGUUGCCUUUCUGCACACCAUUGUCCAGGAGCGACGCAAAUUCGGCCCGCUCGGCUGGAAUAUACCCUAUGAAUUCAAUCAGGCGGACUUUGCAGCCAGCGUGCAGUUCAUACAGAAUCAUUUAGACGAAAUGGAUCCCAAGAAGGGCGUGUCAUGGCAAACGCUGGUCUACAUGAUUGGCGAGGUGCAGUAUGGAGGCCGAGUCACAGAUGAUUUCGACAAGCGCCUGCUGACGACGUUCACCUCGGUGUGGUUCUGCGAGCAGCUGCUCUCCAACACCUUUGAGUUCUACAAGGGCUACAAGGUGCCCAACACGAAGAGCCUGCAGGGGUUCAUCGAUUACAUCAAUAGUCUGCCCGCCUACGACACGCCCGAGGUGUUUGGCUUACAUUCAAAUGCUGACAUCACGUACCAGAUUAACUCGGCCAAAGGCAUACUUGACACCAUUCUGAGUGUACAGCCCAAGGAGGGCGGCGGGGGAGGCGGCGAGACUCGUGAGAGUAUCGUCUAUCAACUGGCCGAGGAUAUGCUGCGCAAGCUGCCCGCCCAGUACAAUGCGUACGAGGUGCGUGAGAAUCUGACACGCAUGGGCAUCCUACUGCCAAUGAACAUCUUUCUCAGGCAGGAAAUCGAUCGCAUGCAACGCGUCAUCAAGCGCGUCCACACGUGCCUCUGCGAUCUGAAGCUGGCCAUUGAUGGCACCAUUGUGAUGAGUCCGGCACUAAAGGAGUCGCUGGACGCCAUGUACGAUGCCCGCAUUCCGGAGACCUGGAUGAAGAUAUCCUGGGAGUCUACAACGCUCGGCUUUUGGUACACUGAGCUGCUGGAGCGCAAUGGCCAAUUCCGUACCUGGAUUUCGACGGAUCGUCCAAGGGUGUUCUGGAUGACGGGCUUCUUUAAUCCACAAGGCUUCCUGACCGCCAUGCGACAAGAGGUAACACGAGCGCACAAAGGUUGGGCCCUCGACUCGGUUGUGCUGCAGAAUCAAAUAACGCGCUACAACAAGGAGGACAUUACCGAGUAUCCCACAGAGGGUGUAUACGUGCAUGGACUGUUUCUAGAAGGCGCUUCGCUGGAUCGCCGCAGCGGCAAGCUGAUUGAGUCCAAAAUGAAGGUGCUCUAUGAACAAAUGCCGGUUAUCUACAUAUACGCCAUCAACACGACUGCUGGCAAGGAUCCCAAGCUGUACGAGUGUCCGAUCUACAGGAAACCACAGCGCACAGACCUCAAGUACGUGGGAUCCAUUGAUUUCGAGACGGACUUCAAUCCCAAGCACUGGACACUGCGCGGCGUAGCGCUGCUCUGUGACAUUAAAUAAAUACGGAAUGGUAACAUGGCACAACAAAAUACACACACACAUACACACACCCAUACACCUACUUGUUGUUAUUGUUUGCUCGGCUGUCAACUGUUUUGUACGCGCUGCUUGGCCCUCGUAAUGGCCCUCUGAUAAUUAUCGUCUUCGGGAGUCCUAUUCUCGAAGGGGGCCAAGCCGCCUCUGUCUGUGGAGCGUCUCGUAUAGUGCGUCAGAGAGACUACAAGUUUAUUAAUUAUGUCCUCGAGCCAUUCAAGUGGCGGCUCCCAGCGCACGUGCAUCAUACACCAUAAUUAGCUGUUUGAACCAUGUAUAGAAUUUCACUUAAGUGCGUUGUCCUCCGAAAAUAAAAUUUUCCUUGACUUAUCUAGUAAAUUUAAAAUGAGAUUUUAUUUUGGGAAUGUCUUGGGCGAAUAAUCAACAUCA